AUGGCCCUCUGUAGGCUCUGUCAGGACAUCCCUUUUGCCUCUCUUCCUUCGGUCCCUGAGGAUCAAGACGGCUCAAGCCGGGUAGCUGACAACAAUGAAAUGCCUGAACUAUGGUGGCGGCGCAACAGCAGCAACGAGUCGCUUCUGCCGAAGGACCCAAUUGGUUUCGCCUGGCACAAAUGUCUCGAUGCACUCGCCGAAUCGGCCAGAGCUGGAUGUCCCCUCUGUGCCCUCGUGCAAACCGGCGUGCAAACUUGGUUAGAUCACUAUCGAGAGGCCGAAAGGUCCUAUCCCGGAUGGCGCCAGUUCUACAAGGAGUCAGAACCGAUUCCUACUGGGGAGAGACUGUGGUUAACGAAGCGGUUGGGCGGAGGGGAUGGUUUCAUCGUCUUGGCUCGGAAUUCGGUGACAAAACACAGAGUCUUCUAUCUCACCGGCGUCAGCUUUAGCGUCGAGGCUGGUAGCGCUUUAACUUCAAAGUUCCCUUGGAGACCUGUAGAGCGAGACUCUGGGUCGCGACAGAGCCUUGAUGUUGCGACCUCUUUAGUGAACAACUGUGUCGAGAAGCACGAACGAUGCGCUAGAGAAGUAACUCCGUUGCCUUCGCGUGUGUUGGAUGUCAGCUCGACCGGCGACAUGAUUAGACUGAUCGACUGCCCUGCUGGCUUAAGCGGGAAAUAUAUCUGCCUAUCUCAUUGCUGGGGUUCUUCGGAAACUCUGACAACUACUCAAGAGUCAUACGAGAAGCGUAUUACUGGAAUAUCACUGUUACAUCUUCCUAAGACCUUCCUCGACGCUGUGAUCAUCGCUAGACACCUUGGAAUUCGCUAUGUUUGGAUAGACAGUCUCUGCAUCAUGCAAGAAGACCAGGACGACUGGGCUCGUGAAUCGGGGCGCAUGGCGGAUGUCUACUCCAACGCCUACCUAGUCGUCGCUGCAAAUCACGCCAGAGAUGGCAGUGAAGGCUGCUUCCAUAGCCGGCCGGCCCGCCCAAAAUCAAUGGUCAAUAUCCCUGAGUUAGGUGAAAUUUGCGUACAGUUAGUAUACCCCGGAGAUGAAAAUGAAUGGCAGGGAAAAGAUUUCGAGAAAGAACCGCUCUGCAGACGUGGUUGGGCUCUGCAGGAGCGCAUACUCGCUCGACGUAUCUUGCACUACAAUACCAGGCAAAUUUAUAUCGAGUGCAACUACGGCAUUAUGGGAGAGGAUGGUAGCAGUUUUGGAAAGCGGUAUUGUUGCAACUUAAGUGACCUAAACGAGUCCAAGGAGCCCCAUACCAUGUGGAACAGCCUGCUCUGGUCGUAUGGGCUACGCAAGCUGACCAAAGCAACCGAUAAGCUCCCAGCCCUUAGCGGAAUCGCCAAGUUAUUCAAAUCACGAUUUGCCACGGAAUAUGUAGCCGGACUGUGGAGCGAUAAGCUUAUCGAAGGGCUGGCAUGGCAGGGAAUAGGAGAUAGGUCACCGGCCUCAACCACUGAGUAUACUGGACCGAGCUGGAGCUGGGCGAGCUAUGGCGGAUGUGCUGCCACUGGUCUACAGAGAGAGUGGAAGGAUAUUGCUAAGAUCGAGGGCUGGCAUGUCGAGCUGCAAAACGAAGGAAACCCCUUUGGAGAGGUGAAGAAUGCUUGGAUAUGUAUUCAUGGCCCCAUGGCUGAGCUGAAACCCAGCGAAAAGGAGAUCACAGAUCACGAGAAAAAACUUAAAGAAAUCGGUAGGACUCCACUUCCACGGUUGCGGACGCGACACUCCGACAACGAGGAGGGCGAAGUGAUGACGCCUGAUCAUGACGAUAUAAAGAAUUCAGCAGGCUGGCGUAAAUGGAAUAUGCAAGUCCUGUUACUUUGCGGGAAAAAUGGUAAGGAUGAAAGGGCCAAGAAAACAAUUGAAGAGAAGAACCACGGUGCGGAACACAAUUUUACGUCACGUUGUUAUGGUCUGGUUAUCACUCAGGCAGGAGACGGUCGGGACUCAAGGAUGAAAAGGGUUGGGUGGAUGUUUCUAGGAGGGGAAGAAGCGAAAAAGAUAAUGGACGACAAAGAGUGUUGGGGGAACGUAACCUUAGUAUAA